AUGACGAAUUAUGAGAAUCUUAUAAAUUUGCCAUUAAAUUUUAAUGCAAAUAAUCAUGCAAAUAAUAAUGAGAACAAUGGCAAACUUGCUGUUGGCGAGCAGCUAUUGAACAAAAUGUCGCAGCGGGAUUUCUCCGAGAACGAACCGGAAUGCACGCCGGAGCUGCCCGCCGCGAAUCGUGCGCUCUUCCUGGAGAAAGUGCGUCAAUCGAAUGCUGCCUGCCAGAGCGGCGAUUUUGCCACCGCUGUGCUGCUCUAUACGGACGCACUGCAACUGGAUCCGGGCAAUCACAUACUAUACAGCAAUCGUUCGGCGGCACGACUCAAGCAGGGCCAGUUUGCGGCGGCGCUGCAGGAUGCGACACAGGCACGCGAGCUGUGUCCCCAGUGGCCCAAGGCGUACUUUCGCCAGGGCGUCGCUUUGCAGUGCCUGGGCCGGUACGGUGAGGCGCUGGCAUCCUUUGCCGCCGGCCUGGCCCAGGAGCCCAGCCACAAGCAGCUGCUGGCUGGUCUCGUCGAGGCCUCACUAAAGAGUCCGCUACGAGCGGCUCUCGAGCCAACGCUGCAGCAAUUGCGCGCCAUGCAGCUGCACGAGUCACCGUUUGUGGUCAGCUCCGUGGUGGGGCAGGAGCUGCUGCAGGCCUCACAGUAUCAGGCGGCUGUCGCCGUGCUGGAGGCCGCACUGCGCAUUGGCAGCUGCUCCCUAAAGCUGCGCGGCUCCGUCUUCAGUGCUCUCAGCUCGGCGCAUUGGGCGCUCAAUCAGUUGGACCAGGCGAUUGGCUAUAUGCAGCAAGAUUUGGCCGUGGCCAAGUCGCUGGGCGACACGGCCGGCGAGUGUCGCGCCCAUGGCAAUCUCGGCUCCGCUUACUUCAGUCAAGGAGCCUACAAGGAGGCGCUGACCGCGCAUCGCUACCAGCUGGUGCUGGCCAUGAAGUGCAAGGACACACAGGCAGCCGCCUCGGCGCUAACAUCGCUCGGCCAUGUUUACACCGCCAGCGGUGACUAUCCCAAUGCCCUGGCCUCGCACAAGCAGUGCGUGCAGCUUUUCAAGCAGCUCGGCGAUCGGCUGCAGGAGGCCCGCGAAAUUGGCAACGUGGGCGCCGUCUAUUUGGCCUUGGGUGAGUGCGAGGCGGCCUUGGAUUGCCACACGCAGCAUCUGCGUCUGGCGCGCAAGCUGCACGAUCAGGUAGAGGAGGCGCGCGCCUAUUCCAAUCUAGGCUCCGCCCAUCAUCAGCGACGGCAGUUCGGUCAGGCGGCCGCCUGUCAUGAGCAGGUGCUGCGCAUUGCCCAGACGCUGGGCGAUCGCAGCAUCGAGGCGCGCGCCUAUGCUGGCCUGGGCCAUGCGGCGCGCUGUGCCGGCGAUGCGGCCGCCUCCAAGCGCUGGCACGAACGCCAGCUGGCCAUGGCGCUGGCGGCGCGCGACAAGCUCGGCGAGGGUCGAGCCUGCUCCAAUCUGGGCAUUGUGUACCAGCUGUUGGGCGCCCACGAUGCGGCCUUGAAGUUGCACCAGGCGCAUUUAGGCAUCGCGCGCGCCCUGGGCGACCGGGCGGGCAUGGGACGUGCCUAUGGCAAUAUGGGCAAUGCCCAUGCUGCCGCUGGGGCCUACGAGGCGGCCGUCAAAUAUCACAAACAGGAGCUGGCCAUCAGCCAGGCGGUAAACGAUCGUAGCGCCGAGGCCGCUACGCAUGGCAAUCUGGCUGUGGCCUACCAGGCACUGGGUGCCCACGAUGCCGCACUGGCGCACUAUCGCGCCCAUCUGGCAACCGCCAGAUCGUUGAAGGAUGCAGCGGGCGAAGCUUGCGCGCUGCUCAAUCUGGGCAACUGCCUCAGCGCCCGGCAGCUGUACGGCGAGGCAGUGCCGCACUAUGAGAGCUAUCUAAUGCUCGCCCAAGAGCUGGGCGACGUCGCCGCCGAGGGCAAGGCGUGCCAUCUGCUGGGCUAUGCACACUAUUGCCUGGGCAAUUACCGGGCUGCCGUGCGCUACUACGACCAGGAUCUGGCACUGGCCAAGGACGCACAACAUCGGCCGCAUAUGGGACGCGCCUAUUGCAAUCUGGGCCUGGCGCAUCUGGCAUUGGGUCACACAGCCGCCGCACUGGAGUGCCAGCAGCUCUUUCUGGCCGUGGCGCAUGCAACGGGCCAGCUGCCGGCCAAAUUUAGGGCGCUGGGCAACAUCGGCGACAUACUCAUCCGCACGGGCGCACACGAGGAGGCCAUUAAGCUGUAUCAGCGCCAACUGGUGCUGGCCAGGGCGGCCGGUGAGCGCGCCAUGGAAGCGGCCGCCUGUGGGGCAUUGGGCUUAGCGCAUCGACUGCUGCGCCGCUGGGACAAGGCGCUGGGGCAUCACACACAGGAGCUGACGCUGCGCCAGGAGCUGGGCGAUCUGGCGGGCGAGUGUCGGGCUCAUGGCCACCUGGGCGCUGUGCAUAUGGCGUUGUGCAGCUGGACGCAUGCGGUCAAAUGCUAUCAGGAGCAAUUGGAGCGCGCCCAGGAGCAGCGAGACGCGGCCGUAGAGGCCCAGGCGCACGGUAAUCUCGGCAUUGCCCGGCUUAAUAUGGCGCACUACGAGGCGGCGAUUGGCUGCCUGGAGGCCCAGCUGGGCACACUGGAGCGCGUCUCGCUGCCCUCGACGCAAGCGGAUCGCGCCCGUGCGCUGGGACAUCUGGGCGAUUGCUAUGCCGCCUUGGGCGACUAUGAGGAGGCACUGAAGUGUCAUGAACGGCAACUGCAGCUGGCGCUGGGCCUAGCCAGCCAUCGGGAUCAGGAGCGGGCCUAUCGCGGCCUGGGCCAGGCGCGACGUGCCCUGGGCCAGCUGGCGGCGGCUCUGGUCUGCCUGGAGAAGCGCCUGGUCGUCGCCCACGAGCUGCACAGUGCCGAGGUCAAGGCGCUGGCCUACGGUGAUUUGGGUCAUGUACACGCCGCGCUGGGCAAUCACGCCCAGGCGCUCAACUGUCUGGAGCAUCAGCGGGAGCUGGCACGCGGCCUGCAGGAUCGCGCCCUCGAAUCGGAUGCGAUGUGUGCACUGGGCCAGGUGCAGCAGCGGAUGGGCCAUCAUGCUGAGGCGCUGCAGCUACACGAACAGGAUCUGCAGCUCUGCACGGAGCUGGCGGCGCCGGCGCUGCAAGCACGCGCCGUUGGCAAUCUGGGCGCCGUACACGAGGCGUUGGGUCAACAGGAGGAGGCGCUCAAAUGCUACGAACGCCAGCUUGCGCUCAGCACUGAUCGACUGGGCAAGGCACUGGCCUGCGGUGCCCUGGGUCGUGUGCAUCAUCAGCUGGAGCAGCACGCCCAAGCGGUAGAGUAUUUGCGCCAGGGUUUGGCCAGCGCUCAGUCCAUUGGCAAGUCGGAGGAGGAGGCCAAGAUAAGACAUCAACUGGGUCUUGCUCUGCGCUCCUCUGGCGACGCUGAGGGCGCUCGCAUACAACUGGAAACGGCAGCUCAGCUGCUGGAGUCGGUGCGCCAGGAACAGCGCAGUCCGGAGGCGCGCCUGGCUCUGUAUGAGCUGCAGACGAGCUGCUAUCAUCUGCUCCAGCAGCUGCUGGUCGCUUUGCAGCGCAGCGAGGAUGCGCUGGUCGCCGCGGAGCGUUGCAAGGCGCGCAGUGGCGCCGAUGCGGCUGCCGGCGAUUCCAAGGCAGGAACACUGGCCGACAUUGAGGCCAUACUGGAGGCAGUGAAUCGUGGCCGAAUGCCCGUGCUCUACUACAGUCUGGCCGGCGAGCAGCUCUACGCCUGGUUGCUGCAGCCACAGUCGGGCAUUGUGCGCUUCCAUGCGGCGCGCAUUGAUCCGCAGACUUUGCAGCUGCCGCUGUCGCUAAGCGAGUGCCACGAGGAGGAGGAGGAUGAGCAGCAGCCGCACUCGCAAUCGCAGCAGUGCGACAGUGAAUCUGAACCAACUGGUCAUGUGCUGCUGGAGCGAUAUGUCAAUAUGGUACGCGAUAAUCUGGGCGUCAACUCACAGAAUCUGCUGCACGAGGGCGAUGGCAGCGGCUGGCGCGCCAGCAGCGAGCAGCUGCUGGAGGAUUUGCCCGGCGCUGGCGCCGGUGGCGGCGGCUUUCUGCGCAUGGUCAGCCGCAAUCAGCUGUUGAAUUCAUCAAACUACUCGCUCAGCUCGCUGUUCUCACUGGGCUCCGUGGCCAGCCUGCAGGGCUCCACACGUUCCGUGGGCAGCCGCAGUUCGCGCCGGGCGCCAGCUCCGCCUGCCUGGCGAGGCCCCGCAUGCUUGCACACGCUCUACAAUCUGCUGCUGGCGCCAUUCGAUGAUCUGCUGCCCAGCGGUGCCAGCGUCUCGCGGCAGGGUCGACGCGAGCUUAUCCUAGUGCUGGACAGUGCCCUCUAUCUGGUGCCAUUUGCCAUAUUGCGCGCAGCUGGAGACGAUGGCGAGUAUCUCUCGGAGCGCUGUGCUCUGCUGACGGCGCCCUCGCUCCAGGCACUGCGGGGCCGCUCCAGAAGUCGUCGGGAUCGCGGACGGCCGCCCACAGCCUUGGUAGUCGGUGGACCGCGUGUGCCCGCCGCCCUCGCCGAGCGCUGGGGCUGGGCAGCCGCUGAAUCGCCAGCGGCUUUGCAGGAGGCCGCCAUGGUAGCGGACAUGCUGCAGGCGAAUGCGUUGGCCGGCUGCAAUGCCACCAAGGAAUCGGUGCUGGCCGAGCUGCCAAGCGCGGAGUGUGUGCACUUUGCCGCCAAUCUCAGCUGGAAGCUCGGUGCCGUGGUGCUCAGUCCAGGCGAUGUAGUUACCGCCGAGCAGCAGCAACAAAAGGAACCCCACGAGCCACAACUAUCCGACUUCACGCUGGCAGCUGCCGAACUGCGUCAGCUGCGACUCGGCGCACGCCUCGUCGUCCUCAGCUCCUAUCACUCGGUGGAGCCCAUAACGGGCAGUGGCGUUGCCCAACUGGCCGGCGGCUGGCUUUUAGCCGGCGCCGGCGCGGUGCUCAUCUCGCUGUGGCCCGUGCCGGAGACGGCAGCCAAAAUUCUAUUGCGCGCCUUCUACUCGGCCCUGCUGCAAGGUGCACGGGCAGCACGCGCCCUGGCGGAGGCCAUGCAAACGGUUCAGCACACAAAGCAUUUUGCUCAUCCCGCCAACUGGGCUGGCUUCUUGCUCGUCGGUGCCAAUGUGCGGCUAUCGAACAAGGUGGCACUGCUGGGCCAUGCGCUGUGCGAGCUGCUGAGGACGCCGGAGCGUUGCCGGGAUGCGCUGCGCGUGUGUCUACAUCUGGUGGAGAAGAGUCUGCAGCGAAUACAUCGCGGCCAGAAGAACGCCAUGUACACGACCCAGCAGAGCAUUGAGAAUAAGGCCGGACCUGUGGCUGGCUGGAAGGAUCUGCUGAUGGCAGUGGGCUUUCGUUUUGAGCCGGCUGCGAAUGGUAUACCCUCUAGUGUGUUUUUCCCGCAAACCGAUCCAGAGGAACGUCUAUCGCAGUGCUCGGCCAGCCUGCAGGCGCUGCUGGCACUGACGCCCGCCACGCUGCAGGCACUUGCCAAGCUGGUGAACAGUGCGGAGCAUGCGGACGAUAUCAUCGCUGUGGUGCGCAACAUAUUGGCCAUAUUCCCAGCCAAGCCGGAGGCUGAGGCCUGCAUCGAGAUGCCGUUGAGCGUGCGCCUCUGGCGCGUCGCCGGCUGCCAUGAGCUGUUGGCCUCCGUGGGCUUCGAUCUGACUGAGGUGGGCGCGGAUCAGGUGAUACUGCGCACCGGGAAGCAGGCAAAUCGCCGACACUGUCAGUUUGUGCUGCAGGCGCUGCUCGCGCUCUUUGACACGCAUGAGGCGCCCAAGAGCCUAAGCCUGGACUCUGCGGCACACAGCAGCAGCAGCAGCUGUGAAUCCCUGGCUGAGCCUGAUCUGGAUGCCACUCCCGUGCAGCCAGCUGCCAGCAGCGGAAACUCCACAGCUGCCACUGGUGCAAACUCCACACAAUCACCGCCGCUGGUGCUGCAUCCGCGCAGCGCCUUCAUCUCAUACGUGCGGCGACGUGGCGAACCCGACGGCGGCGGCGGCCUCGACUCCAGCUUGGCCAACACCACGGACAGCGAACACUCCCUCUCCGAUGGCUAUGCCACACAGGCGGGCAGCGGCCAGCCGGCUCCGCGUCUAGGCUACGCCAGCCUGCGUGGCCCGGUGCGUGUCUCCCGACCUGGCGGUGGCGGCGAGAGUGAUGCGGCAUUUACGCCCAGUCCACCGGUUACCGAUCCCAGCCUUUCGCUGGCACUGGCCCACCAGACGCGCAUACGCUGCCUCUACGCGCAGCCGGGCACAGUAUCCUCCUCAGCGGCGCCAACGGCUAACACUGGCCGCCGGCCCGAUAGCUCCAGCUCGGCCAGCAGCACGACAACAGAUUGGGAGGGCUCCGGCCAUGCGACUGUGCUGCGACGUGGAGCAGCGGCCGGCGCUCAACAGCAGCAACUACAGCAGACGCAACAGCAGCAACAGCCGCCGCUGCCACCACCCCGUCCGCCAGUCUAUCACAAUUUGGGCGCGGGCGGACGCAGCAAGCCGAAGAUUAAGCUGGGCAGUGCACAGAGCUCACUGGCGGCACGGGUCAACAAGGAGCAUGCCCUCUUCAUGGACAGACUAAGCGUGCGCACGGAACUAAACGCACCAGCGUCGACCAAUGGAGCAGCAGCGGGCGCUGGCCCUGCUGCCGGCAUGGCCAGUGGAGGGCAACGCAAGGCGCUGACAUUGACGGAGGAGGAGGCGGCUGCCAGUGUGGCCUUCAAUCCGGCCAGCCUAUACUUCUCGCCGGCGGACAGCGAGCUGUUGGGCGAGCCCAAACAGCCGCUGGAGGAGACGCCGGUUAAGCCGAGCGCCAAGUGCAUACAGGACAGCAUAUUGCGGCACAUGAACCGCGAACUGACGCCCAGCAUCUCAGAACUUUACCAUGAGCGCAGCCUGGGCCUGGGUCUGGCGCCGCCGCUCUCCAAGCUGCUGCUCAGUCCCAACUACGAGGAGCAGGAGGUGACCGCCAUGGGCGAGGGCAGCACAUCGUCCGGACCGGGAAAUGCGGCUGCCAUUAAAACGCUCGUCGAUGCAGUCAACGAGCUGGAGCUGAGCGGCAGCUCCUCCGGCGCCACCAUACCGACUGUGGUCGGCGGUGAACCGGAAACCAACCACACUGUCUCUAAUCCUGUCGACAGCGAACCGAUCUGCUCCAUUUGCGGCGAGCACGCGGAUGUCGUCUGCCGCUGCAAGGCGGCCACCAUCCAGAAAAAAGGCACACUAAAGCCCUGGCUAAGCAAUGUGCCCGCCAGCAGCCUGGUCCAGGCCAGCGAGCUGACCACCGCGGAUAUACUGGAGCGCCGCCUGGAGACUGUGGUCCCCAGUGUACCCUUCGCCGCCGAGCUGUGUCGCCGCGACGAGGGCGACGGACGAUCCGUGGCCGACUCGCAAUGCAGCAGCAACUACAAGCGGGUGCUGGCCACCGCGGGCGCCGUCAGCCUGGUGGUUGGCAUCGGUGCUGCUGAAUCGGAGGCGCAGAAUGCCACAUCAGCAGCCACAUGCUCAGCCGCUCGGCUUGUCUAGACAGAUACCAAGCACCCAGCUCGCCCCCUUCCCACCCACUUGCCGUUUUUCUAUUGAUAUUAGCAUUUAGCAUAGAGCGCUGAAAAUCUAGUUUUAGUUUCAUGUUUUAGGUCUUUUAAUCGGAGACACCCUGUACUGAUCAUCCUAGCAUUAGUUAUUUGCAUUUUAUUUAUUUAUUUAUGCACUUUGCGUCAACUUUAAUUUAGAAUACACACACACAUAC